AUGGACUCAGUUCCUUCAAUAUUUAUGCCUUAUUCAACCGAGGAAGAUGGGUUACUAUUUUCUGAUUGUGUUCUUCUUUCGCCGCUAAUGCCGUACCAAAGCCAUGAUGUUUGCAAUCCGAUCGCAAACAAAAAUGGUGGAAGCAGUAAGAAAAGAAGUUUGUGUGAUACAUACGGCACAAGUGAAGCCAACAAAAAGGAUGAUGAUGAUCGAGUAAGCAAGAAGAUGAGACAUAGAGAAAUCGAAAGGCAACGAAGACAAGAAGUUGCAGCUCUUUUCAAAAGUCUACGAGAUCUCUUGCCAUUUCAAUAUAUCCAGGGUAAACGCUCGACAUCAGAUCACAUUGUUCAGGCAAUCAACUACAUCAAAAACUUACAAAACAAUAUUAAAAAACUCAGCGAAAAGAAAAAUCGGAUUAAAAAAUCUCUACCGGGUACAAAUAUUUUUACAGAGGAAUGCACAAGUAGCUUAACUUCAUCAUCCACACUAUCAUCAAGCUGCUCAUGCGUUGGAGACAAACACAUCACAGUUGUGGUCAUGCCGUGUUUGGUUGGUGUUGAGAUCAUCAUAAGUUGUUGUCUCGGACGAAACAAGUCUUGCCUCUCGAGUGUUCUUCAAAUGCUAGCUCAAGAACAGAGGCUCAGUAUAGUUAGUUGUCUCUCAACAAGGCUGCCACAGAGAUUCCAUCACACCAUUGUUUCUCAGGUCGACGAUGGAAUGAAAAUCAAUAUUUCGGAGCUUAAAGAAAAACUAGUGAAUAUGUAG